AUGGACGAGUUGUCGGAUUGGAUGCUCACAUUUAAAGGCAAGUUGGAUGAUACAACCAGUGCGAAAGUGUUUCAAACAUUAAAAGCCAACGGCUUUAACACAAGACUACAAUUAAAGUUGUUAACAAGGGAACAGAUCGAUGUUAUGUUUCAAAUGGAUAUAUCUUUGGGCGCCAAAAGUUUACUUCUUUAUAAAUUGGGAGUUCUUUGCGAGAAUUCCCCUUUACAACCGAUCGCAAACACGAGGAAAAAGAUUCAAAAGAACGAAGAAGAAUCAUCUCAAGCUCGUAAAGUAAGUAAUUAAGUUGACUAUUUGAAAUUUACUGUAAAAAAACCCAGCAAGGUUCAUGCAGUACUACACAUGAACAAAUUAUACAAAUAUAAUGCAAGCAGGGUUUCUAUAAACCUUUCCUAUGUAUACUUUUACAGAAUGUCUUAUCGGCAUUACAAACACAGGCUGAUGUCCUGAAAGAUAAAAUGGAAAACCAACGCGCUGAAUGCAGAGAGCUUCAAAUGAAUAUAGAUUCAAUGGACAUUGUUGUGCGACCACCGGAAGCCGUGGGAAAAUCGAAAGUCGUUUGUGGCCAUUGUCACCACAAAGGACACAGAAACCAAGGCACGAAUCCUUGUCGUCUGAUGAAAUGUACGGAUUAUACGUACUGCGGAGUAAAAGAGAAACACCCUGAAUAUUUCCAGAAACUUAAUGCCAUGAAAAUGGAACUAAGUAAACGAAAGGCAGCGAUAAACGACCUUGAUACCCAAGUAGCGUCGAUGGAAAAUUUUUCAACCAAGAGUGAGUAUCACUUUAUGAAAAAUCUAACUCCGCGUAUGUUUGAGAUGGACAGUUCCUAUAAAAUUAACAAGGCAAAACUUUUGAGAGACGUAAGAAUUCUCAGAACUGCAUUGGAUGGUAAAAUUCCCGAUGUUACGGCUAAUGACGCUGAACAACUAAGAAUUCUGCUCAAAAAAUGCAAAAGAGAUAUGAAAGGUGAAGUAAAUGCCCCAUUUUCAAGCGAUGAGGAGAUGGAAAGCAAUUUUGACGAUUUAUACACCAAUAACAACGCCCAACCUAAAGAAAUCUCCAACAAGACCUCCAGUUUAUGUGUAAAAGAUCGAAAACGAAAAAAACACAGCAAGAAAAGCAAAAAGAAGCGUAAAAGACGAAGAAAAUCAUCAUCUUCUAGUAGCGACACGGAUACGGGCGGGCAUCACAAUGUCAAAUCGAAUAGCCUGUUUGCGAGGAAUUAUAUUGGCGGUCAAAAUAAUACGGGAGAUCAGCUACACGCACAAUAUAUGCCGAUUGGCUCUACGUACCCUGCGAGGUACCCUGCACCUAUGUUUGACCCAAAUAUGCAAGCAAUUCCCCCUCGUUCGUUCUACCCGUACGGUUAUGCAUUGCAAUCUAAUCAACAUACAUAUAUGCCGGCUUUUCCAAAUACAUCGUCAAUGCCUUGUUCCGAAACAAUUACAAACCCGAUGCCAACAGAGCCCUGCAUCAACGAUUUUGAAACACAGCGAAGUAUCAUAACAUCUUUGUCACAUGCAACUGAAAAUAAUACAGUCCAAAAACAAGGUCAAGCAACGAGGGAUGGUGACUGGGGCAAAUUUGAAGCUCUUGUGAAUGUGGCUUCGGAUGAAAUUGUUGAAAAGCAACAAUAUUAA